AUGUCUGAACAAGGAAAGGGAGGAAAUGGAAUUGGAAAAGGUGGCAUGAAGCGUCAUCGCAAAGUAAUGGAUGACAACAUCCAGGGUAUCACCAAGCCCUCUAUCCGUCGUUUGUCCCGUCGUGGUGGAGUCAAGUGCAUCUCUAGCUUGGUCUACGAAGAGGCACGCAAAGUUCUUCAGGCUUUCCUGGAAAACAUUAUGCGUGAUAUUAUCACCUACACUAAGCAUGCCAAGAGAAAAACUGUCACCACCAUGGACGUCGUCUACGAUAUGAAACGUCAAGAGCGCACUCUGCGGUUUUAA